AGCAGACACUCCCAAUCAUCCGAAGGUGCUCCAAAAUGGAUGAUAUGCAGAGAUUGACAACUGCUGCCUGCGCAGACCUGGAGAGGUUAGCUGCAGCUGCAGCAACUAUGGGAUAUUCUUCAGACUCCAUAUCUGUUCCAUCUCAUCACCUACCAAGCGGUGUGCCCCCAAGCACUCUUGCUCCCUCCAUUGUACCUCAGUAUGCCGAUCCUUAUGACUUGUCCCGUGCACAGCAGUAUGCAGUUGCGAGGUUGAGUGAAUAUCAACCCAGGACAGUUUAUGAUCAAAAUCGUGGUACCCACACAGCAACAACACAGCAUCAACACAUUAUAACACCAGCACAUGCUCAUGCAUCUUCCAGAAAUUCACAGUAUACUGUUGACAGAACUAAUUUCAGCCACACAGGAAACAGGACCCAGCAGUACACCACAACUGUAUCUGGCAGCAGUACCACCAUACCUGGAGGGAUUCAGUAUGCUGAUACAAAGAACAUAAGUACCACAGGGACAGGCAUUGCCCUUUCGCAGCCAUCUCUGCUGCCAGCCUCCACGUCAACAAGUCUUGUCACUCAGGCCGUAACACAAGCAGUUGUGAAUUUUGUGCAAGAUGGUUUAAUCAUUGACAAUUCUGGUAAUAUGUCGGCACCACCUCAGGAGAAAAAGAAAAAGAAAGAUAAGAAAACAGAAGCUGAAACAAAAGAUAAGAAAGAAAAGACAGUUUCUGAGGGUGAUAAUGCAGGUGAAGGAACAAGUGCUGAUGGGGAAGCAAAGAUAAACAUAACAGAAGUUCCAGAACCAGUUCUUAUUGAUGGUAGAAAAUAUUAUGUCUGCAGUUUGUGUGACUUAAGAUUUCUGAGAAAGUAUCAGUUCAGAAGACAUCUCAUUGCGCAUACUGGUGAGAAACGUGGUGCUCUUUCAUUAGAAACUAAAGUGGAGAUUAUUCGAAGAAUACAAUCAGGAGAAAAGCAAGUUGAUUUGGCAAUGGAAUACAAUGUAGGUCGAUCUACACUAAGCUUCAUUAUGAAACAUGCAGAGAAAUUUCUUGGGGUUUGGAAGAAUGGAAAAUUUCAUCCAGAUAGCAAACGCUUACGUGGUGCGCAGAGAGAGGAUGUGGAAGAGGCUUUGUAUGAGUGGUAUAAGCAAGCUCUACAAAUGAAUGUGACAAUUACUGGACCUAUAUUGUGCCAGAAAGCAAAAGAUUUUGCUGUGAAGCUUGGCUAUAAGGAGUUCAAAGCAACGCAUGGCUGGUUAGAUAGGUUCAAGCACAGAAAGAAUAUUGUUCUUGGGAGAGGUAAACCUAAUAAAGAUAAGGACAAUCAGGAAGAUUCUGAGGAUCUAAAGGGAGACUUCACAGGUCAGGUUCUUCCCAGUGCACUUAUGGAAUAUGAAGCCAAUGAUGUCUUCCAUGCCGACGAAAUAGGACUAUUGUACCGUGUCAUGCCCAACAAAACCUCAAUCUUCAAAGGAGAUAGAUGUGCUGGUGGCAGUAAAAGUAAGCAUAGAGUGACUGUCCUCAUGUGUACAAAUAUGACAGGUACAGAGAAGUUUCCACUCUUGGUCAUUGGCAAACAUCCCAAACCCAAGUGCUUCAAGAAUGUGAAAAGCCUCCCAGUACAGUACCUGGCAAAUCCCAAGGCCUGGAUGACGACAGAGAGUUUUACUGCCUGGCUUCACGAUUUAGACUCGUGGUUCGUGCAGCAGAACAGAAAAGUUUUGCUGAUAUUACCCAAUCUCCCCAUUCAUCCCAAAUCACCUAAACUGAAUGCUGUCAGAGUCCUUACCAGUCCAACAACUUUUAUUGGCCCAUGUAAAUUAGGGGUUUCUCAUUCUCUUAAGAGGAACUACAGAAGAGCUGUGUUAGAAUCGCUUCUCAAUUACAUGGAUGAAGAGAAUUUGAAGAAGAAAAAGAAGCCCAAACAGACACAGAUGAGAUUAAAUCUACUGUCGUGUCUUCACUUACUUGCUGCUGCCUGGCAUGCAGUAACAGAUGUAACAAUCAACAAUAGUUUUCAGAGAUCGGGUAUUGGUAAAUAUGCAUUGUGGGGGAUGAAUCUCAUGCCGGAAACAAAUUUAGGAACAGAAAAUCUGGAGCUAAUCCACAAACUGAAAUCAAAAGGUUUCAAAAUUCCUGAUGGAAUAACUUUUGAUGAGUUUGUGAUGUUUGAUGAUGAAUUACAAGUUUGUCAUCUAAUGGAUGAUGAUGAUAUCAUUGCUGCUGUUACAGGAGCAGAUAUUGAGUCUUCAGAUAGUGAGGAAGAAGAUAUAGAGAUUGAAAAGAUCAAAGCAGUAAAAGAAAAGGGAGAAGCCCCAGAAGAUAGUGAGGCAGAAGUAACAGAAGAAACGGAAGAUGGUCCUGCAAUGACAGAAGUUGACGCAAGCCUUGGAACACUCCGGCAGUACAUUCAGUAUCAAGAAGGAGCUCAGGAAAUGUUCCGUGUUUUAGCCCAUCUUGAAUUCCUUAUUCACAAAGGAGGCAGUAAACCCCCAGUUGCCAUAGCUUCCUCUGAGGCAACAUGAAACAUUAAAGCUUCUGUAGAUGGGAAGACACAAAGAGAGGAGAAUCUGGUAUGAAAAUGUUUCUGUUAUCUCAAAAGAUGUGCCAUUUUGGAAUAUUUACAAUGAGAUGCUGGUACUUAAUGGUGCAGAUAUAUGUUAAAAAACUUUUAUAUGUUAACAAUUUUAAGUUCAACAAUUAUUUUGAAGUAAAUAGCAUUCAGGAAGUGCUGCAUUAAGUGUCUUAGAUUUAUUUUAGUCUUUAAUUACCCAGUUAUAUAUUGAAAUAUGUAUCUUAUGGGUAACACUGUCACCUCAGUUAUAGUAAUCUCUUUGUGAUUAUUCUUCAACAGACUGAUGGUAUAUUAUAGAUGUGUGUUCAAGUCACAUAGAUGAGAAUCAGAUUGAAUACCAACUUGUACUUACCAUUAAAAAGAUAAUAAAAGUGUUGUAAAUUGUUAUGAAUUUAUCAUGAAAAAUCAUCUUUUAUAGUUAAUAAUUUUGAUACUGGGAGAUAUUACAUUUUCAACAUUUGAACAAAAAUGAGUGAUGGAACUGAAGUGUAAUGGAAAUGACAUGUAAAGACUGAGAAUAUGUAAAUCAUUGUGAAAAGAAGAAAUGAGGCGAGUAAGCCCCAUAACUCGAAUGGUCAAUCAUAGUGAGUAAUGUAUGAAGUAUGUUAACCGGUGAUACAAUAGGAGUAUGAACAGAAGGGCAAGCUUGUAACGGUGUGGAUGCUGUAUCAAUGCGAGAGACUUUUGCAGCUUUGUUUUUUCCAGUCCGAGAUGUAGUGCUUUUGCGCGUGAAUGUGAUUCUGGUUGUGGCUCUAGUUAUUAGACUUUUGAUUAUGGUCCUGAUGAUGAUGAUAAUGAUGAUUACUGUUGAUGGUGAUGUUACUAUUAUAUAUAUUUUUUUCCUUACUAGUUUUACUUGAGUUAAUGUUUUUAUUAUUUAUAAAAGAAAUAAAAUGAUAUGUGAUGAUAUUGUGAGUAAUAUUGGUUUACAUUAGUUUGAUAUUGGUAAUGGAAAUACUGAUUUUGUUGCAGUAAUGUUAUUAUUUUUAUUAUAAUUGACAAAAAAUAAUAGUAAUAUCUGUAAUCAUAAUGAUUGUGGUAAUAAUAAUGGUAAUGGUAAUAAUAACAAUAACAAUGAUAAUAACAAUAAAGAUAACAUUAUUAUUUUUAUUACUAUUAUUGAUAUUGUUGUUGUUGCUGUUGUUGUUUGUACUAUAAUUAUUGUCAUCAUCAUCACCAUCAUCUUUAUCAUUAUUAUUAUUAUUGUUAUUAUUAUUAUUAUUAUUAUUAUUAUUAUUAUUAUUAUUAUUAUUAUUAUUAUUGUUAUUAUUAUUAUUAUUAUUAUUAUUAUUGUUAUUAUUAUCAUCAUCAUCAUCAUCAUCAUCAUCAUCAUAAAUUAUUAAUUAUUGCCACAGUCUUUGUCAUCAGUACCAUCAUUAUUUCAACUAUUUUUACAAUUAUUAUCAUCAUCAUCAUUAGCAUAAUCACUAUUGAUACAGUCAGUAAUCAAUCAUUGUGUAUCUGUGUAAUUAAUAUUAAUAAUAAUUUACAUUUUAUUGACAUUAUUUCAUCAAUAAUUUGAAUUAUUUUUCUAUGCAUAAUUAUUAAAGUUACUUUAAUUGUUAGAAUAUAAAGAAAAUAAAAAAAGAAUGUACAAUCACUCAUGUUAUGCCAUUAAUUUUCAUUGAUGUUGAUUUUUUUUUUUUUUUUUUUUUUUGCAAUUGUUAUGCAAUUGUUAUAUUUAGGAGACCAUUUUUUUUUCUGAAUCUUUAAGUCUUAAGUCUGCAGUUACUGUGAUAUUUCUUUGGCAGUGAAAGUCGGCAUUUAUGAUUGAUUUCGAUAUGGGUUAUUUUUUUUUUUAGGAGCAAAAUCUCGUCAUACACUUAAUGUAAUAUGGAGAGAUGCUAUACUCUCAAAAAGUCGAGUCGAAAAGCAAGAUUGAAGUGAAUUCCGAGAUGAAAACGACUAUGGUACUCACUUUUUUUUAUGCACUUGUAUGUAACUAAUCUUCAUUCCAUUUUAAAAGCUGAAUGUUGUGGGGGGGGGGAGGGAGAAAGUGUUGGCAAUCCCAACGAUAAAUAACUACUUACAUAACGUGUACAAAUUACAUUAAUUUCUCAGCUGUGUACCUCCAGUGGUCAGGAUACAUAAUGAAGUAUGUGUAUGUAGUUUCUCUAUGUAUUUUGUCAAGAGUGAUGUUGACCUCUGUUUUGUAUGCGCUAUAUCAUUGUAUCUGUAUAAACGAAAUCGUCUUAUAAUUUUUUUUUCGAACGGCAAUCUGUAGCUUGUAAAUACUGAUUAUUAAUUUCCAUGUGUAGUUGAAGAAAAAAGAAAAAAAAAUGGAACAGAAACUGGGAAAAAUGUUUGUCUCUACACAUGGCUGACUUUUGUACUGCUACUAUGAAAAGUGAUUUAAAUAUAUUCAUCUCAUUUGGAA